AUGGAGGGUCCUACAAAUUCUGUUUUGUCCGCAAUCGAGUCAACGAGGAAAAGGGCUCAAUUGAGAAGUGAAACAUAUAAAGGACUGAUUGAUUAUUUACAUAAUCGUGAGUUAGAAAAUGAUGUACACGUUGGAAAAAUGCUUAUAUUGCCUUCUACUUUUAUAGGAUCUCCUCGCAAUAUGAUGCAACAAUAUCAAUAUUCCAUGGCUAUUGUUGCUCGUCAUGGUAAACCGGAUUUAUUUAUUACAAUGACAUGUAAUCCAAAUUGGAAAGAGAUAAAGGAAAAUCUAUUACCCCACCAAACUGCUGCUGAUAGACCUGAUAUAGUAACUAGGGUUUUUGGAUUAAAAGUGAAACAUCUGCUAAAAGUUAUUGUUGAUAAUAAAUUAUUUGGAGAGUUUGUUAUCUCAAAUGCGAAUGGUGAGGUAACUGUGAAUUACAAUGAAAUAAAUCAUUAUGAAGAAAAUAGAUAUGUUGGUCCUGUUGAGGCAGUUUGGAGAAUUCUAAGUAAACCUUUAGGAAAAAAGAGUCAUAGUAUUAAUCGUUUACCCAUACAUUUACCAAAUGAACAGAAUGUUAUUAUUCGAGAAGGAAAAGAUAGUAACGUUGUUUCUUUUGAUUUGAAGAAAAAUACAAAAUUACUGGAUUACUUUAAACUUAACCAACGUGAUAAUAAUGCUCAUCAGUAUUACUAUUCAGAAAUACCAGAACAUUAUACGUGGAUAACAAAAUCUGUUGAAAGGAAACAAAGAAUUCGUAAGGAAAAAGUAUUGGGAAGAAUGUAUUCAGUUAAUCCCUCUCAAAUGGAAUUAUUUCACCUGAGAUUAUUGUUGCUUACAGUAAAAGGAGCAACUUCUUUUGAAAGUUUAAGAACAGUUAAUAGAGUCGUGCUUGAAUCUUUUACAUCUGCUUGUUUGGCAUUAGGACUUGUGGAAGAUGAUACUGAGUGGAUUAGAACAAUAGAAGAAGCUACUUUAUGGCUGAUGCCUCAUUCACUUCGCCAAUUAUUUGUAAGAAUUUUAAUUCAUUGUCAUCCUGUUCACCCGGAUAAACUUUGGGAACAAUUUAAGAGGCAUCUGUCAGAAGAUUUUUCAAAAAUUAACAAUAUUGAGGCUGAAAAUAUGGCUUAUAGAAAUAUAAAAUCACUGUUACUUAAUGAAGGAUACAAUUUAACUGACUUUCAAGGAUUAUUAGACAUAGAAGAUGAAAAUCGUUCUAUACAAGUUGACGAUAUAAAUAUGUUAGAACAUAUUAAGAUAGGAGAACAAAAUUAUGAUACAUUAAAUGUAAAACAGAAAGUUGUAGUUGACUAUAUGCUUCAAGUCAUAAAAGAUUCUUCUUUAAAUGGUUCUAAAUGCUUAUAUGUCAAUGGUUGUGGAGGAUCUGGAAAAACUUUUUUAUACAUUACACUAUGGCAUUUAUUAAGAAGCAAAGGAGUGAAUGUUUGUAACAUGGCAUUUACGGGUAUAGCUGCCACUUUGCUUCCUAACGGGAAAACUGUUCAUAAAGUUUUAGGAUUACCUGUUCCACUGUAUAGUGAUUCAACUUCAAACAUUAAAGUUCAGUCAAAAGAGGGACUCUUUUUAAAAAAUAUAGAUGUUUUUAUUUGGGAUGAAGCACCAAUGGCUCCAAAAUAUGCCUUAGAAAUUAUGGAUUAUCUAUUAAGAGAUAUAAUGAAAUCAAAUGUUGCUUUUGGUGGUAAAAUUGUAAUUCUAGGAGGAGAUUUUAGACAAACUUUGCCAAUUAAAGAACGAGGCACUAGAUCAGAAAUCGUAAAUUUAUCCAUAAAGAACAGUAAACUAUGGAAACAUUUCAAAAAAUACACUUUAACAGAAAAUAUGAGAGCCUUACCACAGGAGACGGAAUUUGUAGAUUUUCUACUUAAAGUGGGCAAUGGUGAAUUAAAUGAUGUAGAUGAUAAUGUUAAAUUACCAGAACAUAUUAUUCAACAUGGAAAUGUAGAUAUUGCUGAAGAAAUGUAUGGUCAUUUGAUACAACAGAAUAAAUUUAGAGAGUUGGCAGUGUGUGCAAUUUUAGUACCUAGAAACGUUGACGUUGAUGAUAUUAAUAAGAGAGUGGUGCGUCUCUUAGACAGUAAUGGGGAAACAAUGUAUAAAAGUAUUGAUUCUACUGAAAAUUGUGAUAAUGGAAGUUUUGCGGAAGUCUUGUUACCAGAAUAUUUAAAUACUCUCUCUCCGCCUGCUUUACCACCACAUGAAUUACAUUUGAGAAUUAAUUCAGUUGUAAUGCUUAUUAGAAACCUUAGUAUUAAUGAAGGUUUAUGUAAUGGAACAAGGUUAAUUAUUUUAGAUUUAUCACAUAAUGUUAUUAAAUGUCAAAUAUUGACUGGAGAUAAGAGUGAAAAUAUUGUUUUUUUACAUAGAGUAACUCUAUAUUCUGAAAAUUUAUAUCCAUUUACUUUUAAAAGAAGACAAUUUCCUAUAAAAUUGGCUUUCGCAAUGACUAUCAAUAAAUCUCAAGGGCAAACAUUCAACAGAAUAUUCAUUGAUUUGAGAAGAGAUGUCUUCAAUCACGGUCAGAUGAAUGAAAUUAUUUCAAAUGUAAUAUAUUGGAAUAAAGGUAGAAUUGCAAAAUGGUUUGGUUAUAUUGGAUUAAAGGCAAAAUUGGAAAUUGAUUUGGUCAUUUUGGAAUAA